AUGAAGCGUCAGACCUGGUGUGGACUGACAGCCAAGAUGGGCGCAGUGCUGGCCGGGGUCUUCUCCAUCAUGGCCACCCACAUGCACCUCAUCUUUGAAAGGAGACACCUUGGGAACGGCAACUGCACAGACGGCCUCCAGACUCAGAAGAUCAACGUGCUGAGCCGCUUCCUCAUCUGCUGGAGCUUCAGGGUCAUCCUCUUCAUGUCGCUCACCACCAUGAUGGUCAGCUGCCUCCUCCUGUACUCCGUCUACGCCAAGAUCUACGGGGGUCUCAUGAGCUACGCCGCGUGGAUCCUGACCUAUGAGUUCACCAACCUGACCGUCCAGAUCCUCACGGACGAGUUCAGCAUCGCCCUCGUCAGAGCCAUGCGCUGGUUCGGCUGGGUGUCCCGGGCUUCCCUCCACUGCUUCUGGCUCUACUUCGUCAUCACCCACGCCCAAACCAUCUACCAGAGUAAAAAACAAGGCAACAUAAUCUCUUACCACAGGCGUACCUCUUUGGGAAUCGUAGAUGCUCCACGGCGGAAAUCAAGGAUUGUAAACUUUACCCACCACUACAAUGAUUAACAGCGGCCAUUUUCCAUCCCUGGAGCUUCUCAGGGCAGUCCUAAUCACGCCCCCCCCCCAAUACAUAUUUGGGGUUGUGUGCUUUUGAUAUGUUGUAUUUUCUUUUGCCUCAACCCCUAGCUAUGUCUUCUGUUAUACA